UAUUAAUAUUGGGCCUAGGCAGCUUCCGUAGUUCGCCGACAUAUUGGAGAGUAAAUUCUGGAACGCAGUAAGAGCAUAGGAUUAAAAUUUAUUUAUCGUAAGAAAAAUCGCCGAAAAAUAUUGAAUAUCACAGAAACGAUGGAGACCACAACAAGCCCCGCUAAGGACAAUUACAGGAUGAACCGGUACAAGAACAAAGCACUGAACCUUGACGAGAUGCGUCGGCGGCGAGAGGAAGAGGGAAUCCAGCUCAGGAAGCAGAAGCGGGAGCAGCAGCUUUUCAAGAGGAGGAAUGUGGAGAUCCUAAAUGAGGAGGACGGCAUGCUGGACAGCCCCCUCAUGGAUCACUUCAUCAGUUCCACAACCACAGGGGAGGGACUCAUCACAAGAGACAUGGUAGAAAUGCUUUUUUCAGAAGACCCUGAGCUCCAGCUGGCCACAACGCAGAAGUUCAGGAAGCUCCUCUCCAAAGAGCCUAACCCACCCAUCGACGAGGUCAUCAACACACAGGGGGUUGUGGAGAGGUUUGUGGAGUUCCUGAAGAAGAGCACCAACUGCACAUUACAGUUCGAGGCUGCCUGGGCGUUGACCAAUAUCGCGUCGGGGACGUCCCAGCAGACGAAAAUCGUGAUUGAGGCAGGAGCCGUGCCUAUUUUCAUUGAGCUACUGAACUCGGAUUUCGAAGACGUGCAGGAACAGGCUGUGUGGGCCCUAGGGAACAUCGCGGGGGACAGCGCUGUGUGCAGGGACUACGUGCUGAACUGCAACAUCCUCCCACCACUGCUGACGUUGCUGACUAAGUCCACCAGGCUGACAAUGACCCGGAACGCUGUGUGGGCGCUGUCCAACCUGUGCAGGGGAAAGAGCCCUCCGCCGGACUUCGAGAAGGUUUCCCCCUGCUUGCCGGUCCUUUCUCGUCUCCUCUUCAGCAGCGAUCCGGACCUGCUGGCGGACGCCUGCUGGGCCUUGUCCUACCUCUCGGAUGGACCCAAUGAGAAAAUCCAGGCGGUCAUCGACUCGGGGGUCUGCCGGAGACUGGUGGAGCUGUUGAUGCAUACCGACUAUAAGGUGGCUUCUCCUGCCCUCAGGGCCGUGGGCAACAUUGUCACAGGAGACGACAUCCAGACACAGGUGGUGCUGAAUUGCUCCGCCCUGCCCUGUCUGCUGCACCUCCUGAGCAGCGCCAAGGAGUCCAUCCGCAAGGAGGCCUGCUGGACCAUCUCCAACAUCACAGCGGGAAACCGGGCCCAGAUUCAGACCGUUAUAGACGCCAAUAUCUUCCCGGUGCUGAUCGACAUCCUGCAGAAGGCAGAGUUCCGCACAAGGAAGGAGGCGGCGUGGGCGAUCACCAAUGCUACGUCUGGUGGCACACCAGAGCAGAUCCGGUACUUGGUAAACCUGGGCUGCAUCAAACCGCUGUGUGACCUCCUAACCGUCAUGGAUUCCAAGAUCGUGCAGGUGGCCCUGAACGGACUGGAGAACAUCCUGCGGCUGGGAGAGCAGGAGGCCAAGCAGAGCGGCAGCGGGGUAAACCCGUACUGCAGCCUAAUCGAGGAGGCUUACGGCCUGGAUAAGAUCGAGUUUCUGCAGAGCCAUGAGAACCAGGAGAUCUACCAGAAGGCCUUCGACCUGAUCGAGCACUACUUCGGCGUGGAGGAGGAGGACCCUGGCCUGGCCCCGCAGGUGGAUGAGAGCCAGCAGCAGUACCUCUUCCCACAGCAGGAAGCCCCCAUGAAGGGCUUUCAGCUCUAACCCCCUCGACCAGCUUCUCUUCCACACGAAAGUCCAUGCGGCCAAGUCCUGGGGCACCAGCGCUUACCAGCCAGAAAGACUCUCACAGGCACUGUGGCUCCAGCGAGUAAGAUCAGACGAAACAUAGCAGACGUCCUCUUUGCUGCUUAGCUCUAUACGUUGGGGUUCUUCACACCGCUUUGCUUUCUUUCGUAAUUAAGAAUUUUUUUCAACCCCCUUUUG